AUGUCUCCACAAAGAGCUGUUAGAGGUCGUCCUGCUAGGUGUAAUGUUGAGGAGAAAGAGUUACCAAAUGCAUCUGAAGUGCAACCUCAAGGGGAAGUCACUAAUGCUGAAUUUAGAGAAGCAAUCAGGAUGCUGAGUCAAGUUGUGACUAACCAGGUUGAGGAAGAGAAGCUUAGGGAUAGAGAUGAAUUCAGAAAUAAGAAAGCUAAGACCAGGAAUGAGUCCGGGCAACAGAAGGGUAACGUGAAUCGUUCGUCCUUUCAACAAAAGCAAAAGGGACCUGCUCCAUCAUCUGUUAGUGCAUCUGUACCCAGAAACAAAGGUGAGUAUAAUGGCCAGAAUUCGCAGAACUUCAAAGCUAGACUUGCACAGUCUCAGGGUAGUGUAGCACAAGAAGGUAACUGGGCUCCUGCAUGUUCUAGGUGUGGUAAAACCCACCAAGGUAAGCGUCGUGAUGGACAAACAGGUUGCUUCAAGUGUGGGCAAGAGGGUCACUUAAUGAAAAAGUGCCCUAAGAACAGGCAAGAUAGUGGAAACCAGGGCAAUAGGGCCCAAUUUUCAUCCGUUGCUCCACCAGACAGGGCUGCACCUAGAGGAGCUAAUUUCGAUGCCGGAUUUGGAACAGGAGGUGGUGGUGGAGGUGGUGGUGGUGGGGGAGGUACCGGAAAUGGUUAUGGAUAUGGUGGAGGAUUUGGAGCUGGAGGUGGUUCUAGAGGAGGAGGAGGUGGUGGUGGUGGAGGAGGAGGAGGAGCAGGAGGAGGGUCAGGCUAUGGUAGUGGUUUUGGCGGGGGUGGAGGGUUAGGAGGAUUGGGAGGGGGAAUGGAAGGUGCGAGUGCUGGAGGAAUGGGUGGCGGAUUUGGUAUGGGCAUUGGUAUAGGAGUUGGAGCUGGAGGUGGAGGUGGUCAAGGUGUUGGAAUAGGGACCGGGUUUGGUGGUGGUGGUGGUAAUAAUGGCCGUACAUAA